AUGGAGGCGGUCUCCGGCACCGGCCCGGCGCCCCCCGCCGCCAGGGCCCGCGCCGCCCUCCCCUCGCAGAGGCCGCCGCCUCAGGAUUUUACAGAUUUGGUACUCACCGGACCACACAGGGCCAUCUCAGCCGAUGGCGGGAGCUUCGCCGUGAAAGUCGAUCUCCCCAGCUCCGACGAAUCUGACGAUGUCGACGGAACCACGCUCUGGGAGUGUGACGUCGAUGACACCGAUUCCAUGGUUGAAUCUAGCAUCACCACAGACAGUGGCAACAUCGUUGUGACGUGCGCGAUGUUAAGCAACGCCGUGGAGGCCACCGUUCAUGUCAACCUUACUGCUACCACCACCACCCACGUCUAUGGCAAAAUCUUCGCGCACAUCCCACAGUUCCGAGACGAGGAUAACGUGGUUCUCUUCGACCGUGGAACCGAUGAGAUGGUGGAGCUCGCCCCCUCCUCUUCUGGCUCCGUCAUCCCGCUGGCGCGAUCAGUAGUUGCGGUGCCAAUUGGCUCGCCUCUCGUGAUCAUGAAGGUAAGCCUCCAUGCAACAACAACACCACCAGCAAUAGCUCCUGUACAUGAAGAUACCGCCAUUCCUAUUGGCGGGCGAUCUCAUUUUCCACUUGGAAGAGCAUAUGCUGCCAAUCCACACCGCCAUUGGCCAGCUCAGCAUCCAUGUCGAUGUCACCCAAUGAGUGCAGGGAGAGGGAACCACUUCCCCAGAUCGAUUGAUCUCAGGAGCAUUAGUUGGUGA